UAGAGAGAAUAGGUUUCCGACACUUCUCACCCAAUCUCUGUUUUUUUUUUUGUUUGAUAAUACCCAAUCUCUGUUUUCUUCCCAGAUUCUUCCAAAUUUCCUUUUCUUCCCGAAAUUUGCAAGCAAUCACUCCCAAUUUAAUGGCUGGUUCUUCAAUCAAAAUCGUACCGGAUGCAAGAAGGGAUUUGAUUAGUGAACUCCCCGCAAAGGCCCAAACCAAACAUCAGAGUUGAAGAAUAGAACAAUUUUAGCUUUUGAUUUCGACUGACGCCUCAUUGUUCUUUCAAUUUAAUGGCUCGACGUCUGCUACUCAGAAUCGUACCGGAUGCAAGUAGGGAUUUAAUAAGUGAGCUGCCGUUAGAGUUAAAGGUCAGAAUUUUGGAGUGUUUGCCCACCCGAGACGCCGCCAGAACUGCUCUGCUCUCAACACACUGGAAUCAUGUUUGGUUGCGGCUUGGGCGGCUUGCUUUCGAUUUUGACUUCUUAUACGAUAUCCGAAAAUGCAGUGGUAAAAGUAUCGUGCCUUAUAAAAUAAUAACUUACAUUCUGUUGCAUCGUGUUCAACCCGUUAAGAAAUUUAGCCUACACCUCUGUGCCUUAUUUGAUCCUACUGUGGAGCAGUCGGAUUUGGAUGAGUGGUGUCUUUAUCUGUCAAGAAAUGGCAUUGAGGAACUUGACAUCUCUUGUUCCAGCCACUGUCCAUUUAAGCUGCCAUUUUGUAUAGUCUGGUGCCCCACUAUCAAGCAGCUGGAACUCUGGGGUUUGGGUUUUGAUUGCCCAAUAAAUGCUCCUUCUAUUUUUCCCGGUGUCACUUCAUUAAUUUUCUUGGAGGUUGUUUUUAAUCACAAUGUUAAUGGAAUUGUGUCUAGCAUUCCUAAUCUUGAGAAGCUGGAAUUCUUUCGAUAUGAAGGGAUCAGUAAUUUUAAGUUCAGAGCUCCAAAACUUGAAAGCUUGUCUAUUUUUGGUUUUAUACCUGGAGUUGAAUACAGAUGGCUUGCACUUCAUUUGGAAUCAGUUAAGGUUCUUUGCUUGGAUCUUGAUAGCAUGUCGAAGUGGGAAAAUGUUGAAGUAGCCUCCUUCCCAACUGCAAUAAAUCUGCAAGUAAUCAAACUGGAUUCUAUAAACUUUGCCAAUGAAAAACAGGUCAUGGGUGUUUUGAAGUUGCUUCAAAAAUCUCCCAACCUAUGUGAACUACACAUUACAGUAAUAUUCUUGGAUGAUGACAUACAAGAUGAUGACAUACAAGAUGUUUUACUACUUUUGAAGGAUCCAGACAGUUGUAUUGUUAAUCAAGAUCUAAAAAUGCUUAAAACAAUCAAGAUUAGACUGUUUACUGUAUCCACAGUCCAAAUGCUUUUUGUGAAAAUGUUGCUCUCAAAAUCCCCUACAUUAGAGAAUGUUGUUUUUUUGGAAAAGUAUUAUUGUCAUCGGCAAUACAAUGACUACUCUAUAUAUUUGUCAUCACAUUAUCCUACACAUUUCUAAUUAUUUCACUUCAUUAUU